CAAAAGCCAUCACUAUGACCCAUCCAUGUACAACGAAUCCAAGUCUAGUUCUUCCCCCCCACCUUCCUCCAAUUCUAUUCUCUUCCCAUCACGUGAGAAUCUUCCACAGGCCACCUGGCCCCACCACCAUCUCUCCCAAUUUAAAUCCCAAGAGAGCCGUUAGCCGCCUCGCCCCCAUCCCCGCCCCCAAACCAACGGUUUCUCAUGGAAGAAGACCCUUCCAGGGAAGGAGGGAAGGAAGGAGAGACCAAAUACCGAGGCGUCCGGCGCCGUCCGUGGGGGAAGUACGCGGCGGAGAUCCGCGACUCGACUCGGCACGGCGCCCGCAUCUGGCUCGGCACCUUCAACACCGCCGAGGAGGCUGCCCGGGCCUACGACCGGGCGGCCUACGCGAUGAGAGGUGAACUCGCCGUCCUCAAUUUCCCUGAUGAAGUCCAUUCUCGGAGCACCGGCUCGGCGUCGACCAGCUGGGGUGCGGCGAGGGAGCAAGGGAACCAGGUGAUUGAGUUCGAGUACUUGGAUGACAAGGUGUUGGAGGACAUGCUGGAUCAUGGGGAGGAGAAGGGUGGCAAGAAGAAAUAAAAAGGCUAGCGUUGACAUGGAACCUCAUCUGCUUUUCUAAGUCAAUAAUUUUGUUUGUUUUUCAGUGCACCAUACCUCCUAUAUAUGUAUGCCUCCCUUUCUUUCUUUUAUAGCUCUUGCCAUCUUUUCAUAAAACCAAUAGAAGCCGUAUUCUCCCCGCAAGAAGUUGUAUGAUAUAAAUUCAGUGCGAGUAAUUCUAGAUGUAUAGAUGAAUGCAGUUGGGCUUGGUGCCUCAAUUA